AUGGCCAGCAGGUGGACAAAGCCACGGAAACAUUGGUCUCCAAGUAUUGCAAAAAAUUGUUACCCUAUAUACCACCAGCAGUUUGAGGCACUUGAUGAGUCUGUAGUCACAUGGAACCCAUGGACUCAGGAGCAUGUACAUAUGGUCUUUGAUAUACGACCCAUCACAGCAGGCAUGUUGACCGAUAGUGCAUUCUGGCUGACUCGCUGCUACUUAUUGUUCCUGUGGUGUGUUGAGCCUUACAACCCAGAGCGUGUCAUGAGACAGUUCGGUCUAUAUCAGGAGAUUCCACCACCUUUUCCAAGAUGUACGGACGAGGAAACCCAUAAGCUAACCAAUAUGGGCCACGGUUGGAGUCUUUACGAUUGGAGGGAACGCAACAUUCAAUGGGUACAGAAGUGGGAAAAUGAAGUGCUAGCAGAUAUAGUGUAUCAACUUAGACCGUACGAUGGAAGUACAGCUCAAGCGUACAAGCAGUGGUACUGCAUCAGCACGCGUACAAGCCUGGCCGGUCAACCAGCUACGAUACCAACAAAUCUCACGCACGAGGAGCAGAUGCAGAGACCUGUUGAGCUGCAUGCAGCUUACUAUCAUGACCGGAUGCUUCAAACUGCCAACGACAUAGGGCAGAUGGCAACGGAAAGCAUGCCGCCUAGGGGACAAGCUGUCAAGUCAUUCAAUAAACGUUUUAAAAAAUACGUGCUAACAAAGUUGAGAUGUGGUAGAGGCGACGACGUUGUCACUGGAGCGUACAACAUGCCAGUACCGAGGUCAGCCAGACCGAGUGCGGCGCCGUCGUCCAGACCGAGUGAGGCGCGUACAAGCCAUGGGCAGUGGGGGGAGGGUCUGAGUACAACAACGACAUUGCCACGACAUGACUCAUCUCUGCCACUACAUCGCUCUUCUUCGGUGCUGCUUCGUCAGGGGCAGACAUCACAGGACCAUGGCAUGGGCUUGAAUUCGAUGCCCGAGCUGUAUCUUUCCCCAAACCCAUAUGCAUACACAGGAUAUGGCGCAUACACUCAAGGUGAGGGAUCUCAGCCGUAUCUCUCCACGCGAGGGAUCUCCAUGCCCGAGGAGACUCGUGUCCCAGAUUUAAACCAGUACCAGGUAGAAUGUCCAGAUAGUACAGGCGAGGGAUCUGAUCAGGGCAUACCUGAUGUAAAUUGGAACGAUGAGUACACCCAACCUGGCGAUAAUGUUAACGCAGUAGAUACAGAUUUCUUCAGAGAGGACGUUAUUGGCCCAUCUUUUAUCCCCGAGGAGUCACAACAACCAUACGCCUACAAUUACGCAUCAGGUUCGCAACAAGGAUUACAGAAUCCAUCACCUAUGCAGGAGUCGCAGACACAGGAAGACCAACUAGAGGAAGGCCAGCUGGUCGUCGUCGACUACAAUGAUUCAACUAUCCACGUGCGCCACCCAUUGUAUCUACAUAUGUCAGUAUCCGACUUUUCGAUUUGA